UUUAGUCAGUAUUCUGACAAGUGUUAUGUUCGAUUCGGUGAUAUUGAAUUUCCUGUUUCUACACUAAAUAAAUAUAAUUACUGGAAACCAUUAACAUCAUCCUGAGUAACACAACUUAAUUCCCAUAUGGUCUCAUAUAAAUAGCCAGAAUGAUAUAAGACCAAUAAAGACAAAAGAUAAUGAAAUAUCCAAUCAUUCUCAUAACACCGUUCACAAUGCAACGAAUGGACAAAGCAAUGAUGCCAAGUAAUGACACCAAAAAUUGAUCAUUCCGGCAGGACGAUCAACCAAACUGAACCAAAGUUCCGUGGUAGAGUUUCCACUGCCGCUCUGGUGAUUAACCCAUCCAAUUGCACAUAAUGUAUGUAACUCGUGUACGAUUCAAACAAUCCCAUCCAUCUCGGAGGAGUUGAGGGGCGAGCAACUUGAAACAAAUUCCUCCCAUUAUAGCGGUAAAUUUGAAAAUGCUCUAAAAUGAGCAUAAACCACACCAGCUGGUAUGGACUGAACUGCACUGAAGCAACAAAUACCCAGAAAUCGGGCCCCCGAUCCACCGCCGUGCCAUGGGAAGCUGACGUCGAUCGGUCGGAAAGAGACGAUAGCUCGAAGGAAAAAAGCUACAACUGCGAACUGUUUCGAAAGCAAACAGCCCAAUACUUCAAUGUAUAUCAAGUGCCAAAGGGGUGGAAGCGAGCGAGAGGAAGGCCACGUACGGAUAGCGACCGGUAAUUCUCAAGAAGUUUCAAUUUUUCUUUCGUUCAAUGUCUCGCAAGGUCGGGCCCCUGCGAGCCAUACUUUGGAGCCAACAACCGGAGGAGACCAAUAGUAGCUAGGUAAGUUGAAACGGCAAUGAUGAUGGCAGAAGUUACCAUGAAUGGAACGCGAAAAUUGGAAAAUUAUGCAUUUUUUCGGAAUAACGACUGUACGUUCUCGAACCCCGACGAACUCGAGACGGUUGUAAGAAGCGAACCCCGACCGAUCAGAUCAAUUCAGUAUAAAUAAUCUGUGAUGCGCUUCUAACGGCAUCAGUUCAUCCGAAGUGUUCUACCAGUGCACUGCAACCCGUGGUCAACGUCAGUUCAGAAAAAAAAUCAAAAUGUUCAAAGUCAUCGCAUUGGUUGCCUGCUUAGUCCUUGUGGUAGUAUCGGCGGAAUACUACGUAGUUGAGGAGCAUCAGGAACACGACGACCACUACGAUGCCUACCCGAAGUACAAAUUCGAAUACGGAGUUAUGGAUCCGCACACCGGUGAUCACAAGAGCCAGUGGGAGCACCGGGACGGAGACGUUGUGGUUGGAUCGUACUCGGUCGAUGAAGCCGACGGAACCCACCGGGUGGUGACCUACAACUCCGAUGACCACAACGGAUUCCAGGCCCAUGUGCAGCGCGUCGGACAUGCCCAGCACCCGCAUGGCGAGAGCUAUUCUCAUAUCGAUCAGCAUCAUUGAGUAUAAAGACUGGGAUUUGUUCUUCACUUUAGAAUUGGUCUAUGCGGAGAGCAUUAAGAUUUUUAUAACUACCGAAUAAAGUUAAACGAAAGUUCCUUGUCCACAAUGUGGGCCAACAAAUUGGUUGUUAUUAUUUGGUUUAUCGAAAUUUGUUCCGGAAGUUCUUUCAAAAUUACGAAUCUGUGACGAAAUAUCGAGUAACAAUAAACCGUGAAGGUCGAAAAGUUAAAAUUCUAAAUUAAAAACAAUCAAUCCACUUAGCGGUGAUGGUGCCGUUCUAGUGCCUUCGAAAAUUUAUUUCAACCAAACUUAAGUGAUAAGUUGAUAAAUAUCGCACUUUAUCCAUUUCAUAAGAAUUCUUUUACAGGUACUCUUCGAUAUAACGUACACAUAAAUUGUCUCUUCGCACGUUAUAUCGAAGCAGAAAAAAUACAUUUUUUGUACUAGUGUUGAUGGACUCGACGUGAAAUUAACCCCAUAUAAUGAUUUCAGUGAUAUUCACAAAAACAAUAAUGAAAAACAUGAGUUUUCACGAAAAAGCCAAUUCGUCUUUUGUGCUUCUAUAGAAUGUUCAUUUUGCUUCGAUAUAACGUACACUUUUUUCCAAUUUGCGCUAAUUUUGGGUAACAAGGCUGAUGCUGCAACAAUACAUUGAUUUGAGUGAUUUUGUAGUUGAUGGGGACCGUCCAUAGAAUUACGUAACGCUUUUAGGGGGAGAGGGGUUUAAUAAAAUGUGAGAACCCAUACAAAAAUUUCAGAGGUUUAAUACAAAAAGUGUGACAUACGGGGGAGGGAGGGUUUGGAAAUGGGCAGUUUUUGCGUGACGUAAUUUAUGGACGCUCCCAUGUGAGGGUUAUUACUGAAGAAAAAUAUUUGUUUUUCAAUGUUGUACGCUAAAUCGAAACAAAAUGUACGUGUAUCGAAUGCACUAUAUCGAGGGUACGUUAUAUCGAAGAUUACCUGUAAUGACACAAAAAAACAUAGCGUUUAAUUCGGUUCUACUUUGUUUAAAAUUCUAUAACAUCAUACCAGGCAUAUAAAAUUUAUCCGUGUUAAACCACGCGCGAUAUGAUAAGUUUUUUUUUCGGUUUCAGCGAUUAGUACACUGCCACGAAUCGCAAGUCAGUCUCACACUUUGCGCAAAGUUGAAUAAUUGUAUCUUUCUUCAGAUUAUCUUUCAUCUGCGUGAAUAAAAAAAAACAUAUGAUUUGUUUAGUAAAUUAGAAAAACAACACCAAUUCAGAUUGUUUCAUAAUGACAAGUAAUACAAGCAAAGAAUGGUAAGUGACAAAAUGCAACUUUUGCGUAAAUGAGGUUUAAAGUUUUGCACCAAUCUAUCGUCCCAUACAAAAUGCAACCGGACCAAGGGAAGGAGAACCCUUGGAUUACGGUAGGAAAAAAGAAGAAGGUGAGAACUACGAAACCAGCCCGCAAACGAGCGAGAAGUGACGAGCUGGUCUUCAAAACCGAGGCAGACACAUACGCCGAGGUGCCGAAGGCCAUGCGAGGCGAGAAUCGUCUCUCACCGUUGGGCGCGGAUGUAAAAAGCAUCCGGCGCACCAGGACUGGAGAGAUGAUGCUAGUGCUGGAGAAGGAAGCAGCUAAUAAAAGUACUUCCUACAAAGCACUAGCCCAAGAGGUACUUGGCGAAAAGGUGCAGGUUAGAGCCCUAACGGCGGAGGCAACUCUCCA